AUGUCAGGUGUUGGCGAAGCGAAGGUCGCAAGCACACCAGAUGAAGGCGCUCACGCCGUAUUAUCAUCUGCCCUCAUGACCUCCUCCGUUGAGCUCAACACAUGGAGUUCCAUCAAGUCAUUGCGUGGAUUGAGCGUAUCGACUCCACCGGAAUCACCUGUUAGCGCAGCUCUUGCCUUCUCAGAAACAUACUGGCCGAGCAGUUUCCGUUGUCAUCAUCCGUCAUCCUUGACAACUUCCCAGCGACUGUUGAGGCUGCACAGGGUCCUCCUCUUUAAGGUGCUGGCGGAUAAAGUUGGCGUACCUUGCUGCGUUGUCCGUGGUCGAUUUUACACUGGCACGAAGGAUGAUGCAAGGGCCAAGAUUCGAGAUGAAAAUGGUUCAGAAUAUGUGGUUGAUCUAAUGAAAGCGCCAGGCCUUUUAGUCCCCGUUGCAAAUCUGGAAACGCCUACAAUUUCACCGAUUGCAAGUCCGGUUGGUGAAUAUUGUGAUGGGGGGACAGAGCUUUUUCCAGCGUUGGUGGCUUCUAUGGCGAAAUUACAGGGGAAUGAUGGACCAGGACCUGAUUCUCGGAAAACACGUUUUCGGCAAACGCCUCUGAGUGAUCAAUCUGGUCCUGAAAGUGGAUCAGAUGUCGGAAGCAGCAGCCCAAUGUUCCGUCCUGAAGACAGGAAGAACCGACGCAGAUCACCUUCCUGGACGGAUGGAUGGGGUUCCCCACAAGUUCCCAUGCUUGUUGCAGAUGUUGCCAAGGAGAAUCCAAGAUUUGCGCAGAGGCUAAAGGCUGUUCUGCAGUCUCCCGAUAAAGAAAAGCGACAGCUGUUUUCAGACAAUCAGGCUGUAGAAACAGAGGAAGCGAUGCUAGGAGCAGAUCAAACCAACAACGGCGAUAAUGCCUUGCAUUCAGAGGUGGCUGUGAAGAAGCUGAUAGACCAAGAAAUUCCAGCGGACGCAGUUGAAGAUUUCAAGUCUGAGGUUGCUAUGAUGCAUCGGCUGCGUCAUCCCAACAUUCUGCUUUUUAUGGGUGCAAUCAUUGACCCUCCACAUCUGUCAAUUGUGACAGAAUUUCUCCCGAGGGGAAGUAUUUUCCGACUGCUCACAAGGCCAAAUGCAUCUUCGAGCAUGGAUGAGCGGCGGCGGUUAAAGAUGGCACUAGAUGUCGCAAAGGGCAUGAAUUACCUUCACUGCUGCAACCCUCCUAUCGUGCACAGGGACCUCAAAUCUCAAAAUCUUCUUGUUGAUAAGAAUUGGGUCGUGAAGGUUUGUGACUUCGGCCUUUCAAAGAUCAAGCAUCAGACGUAUCUCUCGUCAAGGACUGCAGCAGGAACACCAGAGUGGAUGGCCCCAGAAGUGCUGCGUAAUGAACCUACAAAUGAGAAGAGUGAUGUUUACAGUUUCGGUGUAGUCCUUUGGGAGCUCUCGACAAUGCAACGCCCAUGGAGGGGCUUGAACGCCAUGCAAGUUGUUGGAGCUGUUGGAUUCCAGCAAAGGAGGCUGGAUAUACCAGCAUCAGUUGAUCCUGCUGUUUCAGGAAUCAUCAGAGCUUGCUGGGCAGAGUAUGUCCCAUAA